CGAAUGCGCUAUCAAACUACACCGAGGGCCAAGAGCGCGAGAGAUAGAGAGCGAGAUAUCUAGGGUUUCGUUUCAUCCCCAGCUUCUUCAUCUUCCUUUUCGAGACAGAAGAUGGCAGAUGCCGAGGAUAUUCAGCCUCUUGUGUGUGACAAUGGAACUGGGAUGGUCAAGGCUGGUUUUGCUGGAGAUGAUGCUCCAAGGGCUGUGUUCCCUAGCAUUGUUGGUCGCCCAAGACAUACCGGUGUAAUGGUUGGCAUGGGUCAGAAAGAUGCAUAUGUUGGAGAUGAGGCUCAAUCCAAGCGUGGUAUCUUAACACUGAAAUAUCCAAUUGAACAUGGAAUUGUGAACAACUGGGAUGAUAUGGAGAAAAUAUGGCAUCACACGUUCUACAAUGAACUUCGUGUGGCUCCGGAAGAGCAUCCUGUUCUCCUUACUGAGGCCCCUCUUAAUCCCAAGGCUAAUCGUGAGAAGAUGACUCAGAUUAUGUUUGAAACCUUCAACACUCCUGCUAUGUAUGUUGCCAUUCAGGCUGUUCUUUCUCUUUAUGCUAGUGGUCGCACAACAGGUAUUGUGCUGGAUUCUGGGGAUGGUGUCAGCCACACAGUUCCAAUCUAUGAAGGAUACGCACUUCCACAUGCAAUACUUCGUUUGGACUUGGCAGGCCGUGACCUUACUGAUGCUCUCAUGAAAAUUUUAACCGAGCGUGGUUACUCUUUCACCACAACAGCUGAGCGUGAAAUUGUGCGUGACAUGAAGGAAAAACUAGCUUAUAUUGCUCUGGACUAUGAACAGGAACUGGAGACUGCCAAAACCAGCUCAUCUGUGGAAAAGAGCUAUGAGCUUCCUGAUGGCCAGGUGAUUACCAUUGGUGCCGAGAGAUUCCGCUGUCCUGAGGUUCUCUUCCAGCCCUCAAUGAUAGGAAUGGAGGCUGCUGGCAUACAUGAGACCACAUACAACUCCAUCAUGAAGUGUGAUGUCAAUAUUAGGAAGGAUCUAUACGGUAACAUUGUUCUCAGUGGUGGGUCUACUAUGUUCCCUGGUAUUGCUGACAGGAUGAGCAAGGAGAUAACAACAUUGGCACCUAGCAGCAUGAAGAUCAAGGUGGUAGCUCCACCAGAGAGAAAAUAUAGUGUUUGGAUUGGAGGUUCUAUUUUGGCUUCCCUCAGCACUUUCCAGCAGAUGUGGAUUUCCAAGGCAGAGUACGACGAAUCUGGCCCAUCCAUUGUCCACAGGAAGUGUUUCUAAAUACUGAGAGAAUGAAAGAGUGAGGUGCAGAACAUUGCUGGAAAUUUUUGCUUGUUUCUUUUUCCUUUCUUUCCUCAUAUUUUCAUGUUUAGCUUGGACAAGGUUGCAACCAAUUUAUUCAUUAUUUUUCAACUUAUUUUCCUAUUGACAUUUGAGAAGAUUGUGAUGCUCUGUUCUUUGAGCAGUAGCUUGUUUUCUGUUGCCUUAAAUUUGUGUAUUAGUGAGGGUCCACAUCUUAAGUUUUCUCCAAUAAUCAAUUAUUUCUC